AUGGCGCCCAAAGAGCCCUUCAAGGUUCAUUCCUUGGCCAAGCAUGUCGAGGACACCAACAAGGGCCUCAGCGCCUCUGCCCAGUACAACCGGCGGCCUGGUUCCAAGGCGGCUGCUGUGCCUGUGAAGAAAGAGCCUGGCCUUGCCAAUGCCAGCCUUUUCGGAAACAAUGACGACAGCGACGAGUCUAGCGACAGCAGCGACAGUGACAGCGACGAAGAUCCCAGCACGAAUUUUAUUAAGAAGAUUGGCGCCAAUGGCACAAAGCCUUCCGCAACUCCCACUCCCAAGCGGCGCAGCAGGGACGAGGAAAUCGCCGAUAGCGACGUCGAGCGCACUGCUUCUGCCAAGAAAGCCGCUGCCGCCAAGAAAGAGAAGCUCCUGAAGAAGGAAGAAUCUUCGUCCGAGUCCUCGAGCGACUCGUCCAGCGAAUCAGAGUCAGAGGAAAGUGAGCCGAAAGCGAAGACAAACGGAGCGAGUGCAAAGCCAGCUGCCGCCGCUCAGGAUUCGUCCAGCAGCAGCUCUGAAGAGGAGAGCGAAGACGACUCGAGUGAUGAAGAUGAGACAUCCAAAGCUGUAGCAAAGAUGCUCACCAUACCUGCCGCUCUGAAGGGUGCCAAGGGCGCCGCCAAAGAACCCACCAAGGCCACCGCCAAAGAGAGUACCAAGCCGGUCGCCAAAAAAGACGACUCAAGCAGCUCUAGCGAAGAGGAUAGCAGCGAAGAAGAGAGCAGCGAAGAGGAAUCAAGCGACGACGAAGAUGAAUCUACAAAGCCUGAAGCUACAAAACCUGUAGUCGCAACACCCAAGGCUGCAAAGCCCGUAGCUGCGACGCCCAAGACCCUAAAGGCUGUACCUGCAACACCCAAGGCUACAGACCCCGAAGCUAUAAGGAAAGCAUUAAAAGAUUCAUCAAUGGACACUGAGUCCGAAUCCGAAUCCGAGUCUGAAGCUGAGGCUGAGGCUUCUGAAGCAGAAGAGAGUGACGAUCAGGUUGACGAAUCUAUGCAAAUUUCUAACCGUGAGAUGGACAAGCAACUUGGAGUUCCGAAAUUCAUCACUCCUGACUUUACUCUUCGUAAGGGAGAUGAUGGAGCUAAUGGACAAGAUGUGGCUCGAAUCUGCAACGAAGCAAAUUUGCAAGGCAAGCAAGUCUGGUACUUUACAGUUCCCUCCAACGUCCCCAUAUCUGUCAUCCAAAAUAUGGAGAUCCCUAUGGACCGAUCGCAGUUCGGUGGCCCUGUCUUUUCUCAUGAUGGCCAAGACUAUGGCGCCACCUUUGACACGACAACGCCUAGAAGCUCGAUUCAGAUCUUGAUUCCUUCAUCCGGCGAUUCCAAUUACCAUUCUGCUGGCCAACAGGUUGAUCAAACUAUGCAUAUCAAGAGAAUUACAAGCCUUGGCGGUGCUGGCGCAUCGACCACUGGCCCUGCACCUCGUCGUGCGCCUCGGCCUCAGCCAAAAGGCCUCAGGGCCAGGUACCAGCCCUUUGGCGUGAACACCCCGAUGGGCAAUAUUGGAGCGGACUCGCCGGGAGAUGAAGAUGUCGAGAUGCAGGAGGCACCCCAGACAGUGGCGACUCCAAAAUCCACCAAAAAGUCGAAGAGCAAGGAUAAGAAGAAAGGCACCGAUGAGACCACCACAGCCGACCGCAAAGGCAAGAGAAAGCACAACGUUUCGGACGAUGAUGCCUCGGCCGCUGCACAGCAGCUAGCAGAGGAGAAUAAGUCUGCAGAGACAAAAUCCAAGAAACAGAAGGUGGCUCGGGCUUCUAGUCCUGAUCUUGGAACAGAGCUGCCCACAAUCAGCAAGAAACAGACACCAGUUGUACCACCAGCGAUUCCAUCACCAGCCGCCGCUAUUGCCACUCCUUCAAAACCAGCAGCCGCUACCCCCAGCGCAGCGAAGAAGUCCUCUAAGAAAGCGAAGCCUGAGACUCCUGUACCUGCGCCGCGGCAGACAGCUGUUCCACUUCCCAACAUCCCGCUUACUUCCCGGCCUAAGGAAUCGCCAGUUCCCCUCCCACCUUCUUCUAGCCUCGCAGCUUCAACACCUUUGCAGUCAAAAAGCAAGAAGAGCAAGAAGAGCAAGGACGAGGUAACCGCCACCGGGUCAUCCCAACAGAGCCCUCCACCAAGUGCUCAAGGUGGGGAUAAGAAAAAAUAUUCCCGUAAAGCUAUCAAUAUGGGUUAG